GAUAACAAUGUACAAAGUAAAUAAUUCGAUCGCAAGUUGCAAGUAUAAAUUUUGUGCCAAAUCGACAAAAAUAAUAGUCAGUUGUGUCAGAAGCUUAUACGAAAAAUGAGGUCUCUGUCGAGUGUUUCUGCACUUUUGUGCUUCGUUUCUUUCUUUUCUGUGACGAAACCAGAAAUUUUCGAUAAUCGUUCUUGUCGUUACUACGGAGCUCGGCCCAUUCGAGAAUUCGCCAGAAAUUUGUACGAAGGAAAGUGGAGGGUGUACCGAUUGAAUGAUUACACGGAAUCAUUGAAUCACGACUGCAUAUUGUGGGAUUAUCUGACUAUUUCUUCUCCAAAUGCACAUGCCGUCGAAACUAGUGUAAAUCUUAAAACUGGCAAACCGCAGCUAAUUGAUAGCACCAUGCUUUUCGAUAAGGAAGGAAGAGGCCAAUUUACGUAUGACGUGAUAACAGACGGCGUAGAGCCCGAGUACAUCAAAAUCAUUGCCACGGACUACAGAAGAUAUUCGGUCGAAUGGAGCUGUGUAGAUUUCCCAAAGACCAAACAGUGUGAAUGCUUUGCGUACCUAAUGACGAGGGAACAAGUGCCUGACCAGGAAACGAUCGAUAUUCUCGAAAGUGUCUGCCGAAAACAUAAGAUCGAUCUUACCAGAACCAGAUUGGUGGUCCAAGAUCCAUCAGUUUGUGGAAGUAGCUAGUGAAAAGCAACAAAUAUUUCAAUUUUGAUAACUAACGAAAUUAAAGGAAAUUUACUUUUGAGAAG